AGCGAGGCGGCAGUGACGUGUUCAGUCGGGAGCGGAGGCCGCGGCGGGCGGGCGGGCGAGCGAGCGCUAAACUCAGUAUGUCAGAAGGGGACAGCAGUGGGGAUGCUAUUCAUGGGAAGCCAUCAGCUGUCGGCCGUUUCUUCACACAGAUCGGACAGGUCUACCAGUCCCUUUUAGACAGGUCUACACCAUAUGGCAUUGUACGAUGGAUUGCAACGUUUGUCUGUGGUGCAAUCUACAUGAUUAGAGUUUAUAUCUUGCAGGGAUGGUACAUUGUGACAUAUGCUUUGGGGAUUUACCAUCUGAAUCUCUUCAUUGCUUUCCUGUCUCCAAAAGUUGACCCUUCGCUAAUGGAAGAUUCAGAUGAUGGACCUGCACUACCGACAAAGCAGAAUGAAGAGUUUAGACCAUUUAUAAGAAGGCUACCAGAAUUCAAGUUCUGGCACUCUGCUACAAAAGGAAUAAUAGUAGCCAUGGUUUGCACCUUCUUUGAUGCCUUCAAUGUGCCCGUUUUCUGGCCGAUUCUGGUCAUGUACUUCAUUAUGCUCUUCUGCAUCACCAUGAAGAGGCAAACCUGUUAAUUUUAAAUCAAGCACAUGGUCAAGUACCGGUAUCUACCAUUCACACAUGGGAAAAGGAAGUACAAAGGCAAGGAGGAAUCUACGAAAGCUUUUGCCAGUUAGAGACCGUGCUUCUUGGCACUCCAGGAUUAUCUCCUCCCACCUCUUUACAUGUAAACAUUGGACAAUAAUCGCAAGCCUCACGACUUUAUUAUCAUGUUUGCUCCAGGCCUUUCUGAAGGGUACAUUUUAGAAGGUGAUUUAGUUUUGAGAUUUUUUUUUGGCGCGAGACAUUGUCUUUAUAUGAUACAAACACUUUUUUCCUGACCAUUUUGAUUUAAUUUAUAGGCGACCGUUGAAAUUUCCCUUUUUGAUUGUAUACUAUAUGCCAGUUGCUUCAAAUGUACUUUUACUUUUGUCAUUUGGAAAAAAAAUUAAAAUAUCAAACCAGU